GGAAAUGAUUUUUUUUUAAUCCUCCUGCAAAACGAUAUUAUGCGAAAGCUUCUCUUCCGCGCAGAAUUAAGUCGCAGCCUGCUGUCAGGGGGGCGUGGUUUCUGCCUGAUCCCCUCCAUCUAAUCCCAACUCCUCGCAGCCUUCUGGGUUCAUGCUUUAAACGUGGCAUUUGGCUUCCAACAAGUUAGCUCUGACAUUGACUCCCGCCAUGGGUCGCCGCUCGGGAUCCCUGUACAUUUGCCUAUCAAUGUUUUUUCAGCUGGUUCUUCUCUUCAAUGAAGCUGGUGCCACUGGCACGGGGUGCAGCCACAUAUACAAAGGAUUUGCCGAAUGUUUGCUGAAACUGGGAGACAGUUUGGCCAAAUCGAUUGAAGGAGAAAGUGAGGAGGUGAAGGAAUUGGACACAGUGUGCCGGUCCUGGGACAACUUUCAUGCCUGCGCAGACUCUGUUCUGGAAGGUUGCCCAGAAGAUGCAGCUUCCAUCUGGGAGUCGCUGAGGAAGGAGUCCAGGAAGCUGCAGUUCCAGGGCAACUUGCACGAGCUGUGCAGUUCGAGGGUCAGACCGUCGGGAACCAUGGAAAGCUCAGACGGCAGUGAAUCGAACAGAGAGAGUCUGAGGGGCUCCGCUGUUGCCCUGUGGUGUGGACUUACAAGCCCUGUCCUGUCCAUUGCUGUCAUGGUGGCCAACUUGUAGCAAAGUCAUCCAGGCAGGAUCUCCAGGUCAGAUCCCUUCACCUGAGAGACAAGGACCUGAUGAGCCAUGGACACAGAUGCAAAGAUUGGCCGAUGUCUUUCGAUGGUGCAUCUCUCUGUGGAAACAUUUCACAUUGUGUUGGAACUACACUCAUUUAGUUACAUGUUUCAUUCAAAGGCAAUUGGCUCAAACCUUUAGUUGAUUAGAUACACCAACAUAAGAGUAGCUAUUGGGCAAAUGUGCAGCCCAGAGGGUCCCAGGUUCAAUCCCAGCUUUGAAUUGAAUUAGCUCAUCUCAGACAAGGGGUGUUGGAGGAUCUCGAGAUUGUUGCGUUAGGUUUGGAACCAUUAGCCAAGGUACUCCUCAUUGCCAUCCAGUUGCUUGGGGGGUACGUCAGAUUCCUGGUGUCACCCAAUCUGAGAAGCUCAACUUUGGAAAGAUUCUCGAUAAGCAUUUCAAUAACUUUAAUAAGUAAGGGAGUUGUGGGGUCAAGUCAGAAGAAUGGGGUCGAGUGGGAAUGAAAGAUGAGCCAUGAUUAAAUGGCGGAGUAGACUUGGUGGGCCGAAUGGCCUAUUUCUGCUCCUGAAUUUCUCUUCAUGAACUUAUGAACUUUCAGUGCAUUAUGCUAAGGUGGGGUCAGGAGCAAAGAUUGGCAUGAAACCAAGGCGACGUCAAGAUUAUGAUUUUCUCACCUAAUCAAUGGAAGUAAUAGCAGUAAGAAGAUUGCAGUUGUAUUGGGAGUUGUAUCAAUUGGUCCACAUGCAAUCAUAUGGAGCGGCAAAAGAACUUGCCAUUCAUUCAUGUUUUCUACCCUUGGUCUUUCUUGGCCAUGCUCUCCACCUUCAGCCACAGUUGGAACCUUCCCUCGGGCACAAGAUCAUGAUCUGGAUUGAAAUCUCAAUGUGGAGGGGCAGAGAAAAUAAAUGGCCUCUCCCUGAUCCUAUGGUUUAGAUUAAUGCCGAGGAUCUCAAGUCACUGCUUGAGUAGGAGAAGGAAGGUCUCCUGACAUGAUGGCCAAUAACAGCCAGUGAGACCAGGAAACAAAUCAAUGAUUAUUGCAACUUAUCAUCUCCUUGAUGGGCUCUGAUCAAGGAAUCACACCUCAAGCCAAAAAAACUCAAACGCUGGGCCGGCGCGGUGGCGCUCACGGAGAUCGAUCUUGACAAUGGAUGCUGUCUGUACGGAGCUUAUACAUUCUCCUUGUGACCACGUGGGCUAUUUCUCCGGAUGCUCCAUUUCCCCCCCCACACUCCAAAGACGUGCAUGCUUGUAGGUUAAUUGGUUUUGGUGAAAUUGUAAAUUGUCCCGUGUGUGUGUAGGAUAGUGUUAGUGCACAGGGUGAUCACUGGUCGGCGCAGACUCGGUGGGCCAAAGGGCCUGAUUCCGCGCUGGAUCUCUAAAGUCUAAAUGUCUAAAGCUCUUAGAGACUUGAUACUGUAAGAUUAGAUUGCAAUACUUACCUGAUCCUAUAGGUUAUGUAGUGCCCUAUAGGAAUGUAUUGGAAGAUGCCAAUCUCUAUGUAAAAGAAAAAGUUAGCAUUUUAAUAAUUAGAUAGUCAGUGACAUUUGGUGCAUCAGGUGCACACUGUGGUAUUCUGGACCUCAUAUAGACCAUUGUUUGGUGCCUUCCUAUAACUGGUAUUGUAGUUGGUGCAGGGCAGAAUGGGAGUGGCAGAUGAUAGGAGCUCAACUCUAACGAUUGACCCUUAGAUGUCUGUGGCUUCCAAGCAACUGGCUGAAACACAAUGAGAGGCCUGGGAACAGGGUAGCAGUUUGUUGUUGAUUAUUCAGUAAUAGAAAGAGGGGAGAAUUGAAUGCAUAGUAAAAGUCAUGGCUCUAGUGGGCCUUUCUCCCAUUUAACAUAGCCUGCUUUCCCAAACUGCAAUUGAAAGAAGUUCACCCUGGGUUGCAGUAUUUGAGCUGUACAAGCAAGGUAUUUCUACCACAGUAAUGUGAAUCUGGCCGCUGGGAUUAUCCCAGAGUAUUUAUUGCUACCACUGUGGUAGCAAAUGUGACUCACUGGAAAUAAUCAAUUGUACAGCAAACAAAGCCAAUGUACUCAGUGGCAUUCUGUUUAAAGUGCAGAAGUAACAAACUGCGGCUAUUUCUCCCCGGAAUAGCAGGAUCAUUUCCCCAGUAAAAUACAGUGAAUGGAUGGUGGCUACGCAUGUAUGAUGUGCAUAAAGUCAAAUUUAGCCACUUCCAUUAAUGUGAUCACCAAGUUGAUUCACAAGGGUGUUACCUAAUUAUCUCCUUGUUGGCAGGCAGACAGGCAAUGUUGUCUCCUUUACAUUUCCAGCCUUUGUCACUUACUUCUACUAUCUGCCAGUUCAACUUCAUCCUCACCUGCAUCUACCUAUCACUUGCCAGGAUAGACACAAAAUGCUGGAGUAACUCAGCGGGUUAGGCAGCAUCUCUGUGGGGAAAAAGUCCUUGUCUCCUGACCCGCUGAGUUACUCCAGCAUUUUGUGCCUAUCUUUGGUGUAAACCAGCUUAUACGGUUCCUUGCUACACAUUAUCACUUGCUUGGCUUGUUCCAGGCUUCACCUCUCUUUUCUGGUUUUCUCUCUCCCCACUUCUACAAUCAGUCUGAAGAAGGUUCCCGAACCAAAAAUUAACCAGUCCAAUCCUUCCAGAGAUGCUUCCUGACCCACAAAGUUACUCCAGCACUUUAUGUUUUGCCAAUAAAUGUAGCCUUUCUACCCAUAUCUAUUUUAUUAAACAAUAUUAUAAUUGUUAUAGUAAUAUUGUUAUUUAAUUGUGUGUAGAUUUGUUGACUUUUUUUAAACAGAUAAGCUAGGAAUUAAUUUCCUCAUGCAUUGUUAUUAUGUGACAGUAAAAUGACUAUAAUGGUCAUAUUGUUUCCCUAAGACACAUCUCACAUCAAGUGAUGAGAUGGUAACAGAGGGAGUGGAGGCAUAAUGAAAGGCCUAGACGUGAAAAGGAUGUUUCUAGUAUUGGGAGAGUCUAGAACCAGAGGGGACAGUCUCAGAAUAAAAGGGCGCAAUUCAGAAUGGAGAUGAGAAGGAAUUUCUUCAACCUGCGGGUGGUGAAUCUGUGGAUUGCCAAAGACAGGUGAAGGCCAAGUCUGGAUAUUUUUAAAGCUGAGAUUGAUAGAUUCCUGAUUAGUAAGGGUGUCAAAGGUUACGGGGAGGAGCAGGAUAAUGGGUAGAGAGGGAAAAAAUAGAUCCGCCAUGAUCGAAUGUCAGAGUAGACUUGAUGGGCUGAAUGGUCUAAUUCUGCUCCGAUGUCUUCCAAAUUCCAUGUCCAUAAUGUAAUAGAAAAUGUUUUUUCAUGCAUUCUCGGGAUAUGAAAUGUUGACAGGGUAUUAUGAGUUGUGAAGGUGGUUGUGAACCUUCUUUAUGGAUUGCUGCAGUUAAUGGAGUGAAAAUGCUCAAGGUUUGUUAGAUUAGGAUAUCAUGACAUUACUGCAAAAGGGAGAAUGAGUAUAUAUAGACCUUUCAAUUUUUUUUUUUAUUAAUUAGCAUAUAGAAAUAUGAAGACAAAAAUGAUCUAUAGAAUAAUUAGAUAUACAGAAAUCUAACAAUAGUAACUGAUCGCAUUUUUUAUGGGAAAGUAAGUGUAAAUUUAAAAAGUAUUAGGGUGGCACAGUGGAGCUGUGAUAGAUUUGCUGCCUUACAGUGCCAGAGACCCGGGUUCGAUCUUGACUAUGGAUGCUGUUUGGAGUUUGUACUUUCUCCUGGUGACCUGCGUGGGUUUUCACCGUGAGCUCUGCUUUCCUCCCACACUCCAAAGACGUACAGGUUUGUAGGUUAAUUGGCUUGGUAAAAUUGUAAAUUGUCCCUCGUGUGUGUAGGAUAGUGUUAAUGUGCAGGGAUCGCUGGUCGGCAUGGACUCCGUGGACCAAAGGGACUUUUUCCACGCUGUAUCUCUAUACUAAACUAAACUAAAGUGGUAGAAAGUGUUGAAGGAUUGUUUGGUCCUAAGUUUGACUCUGACCACUACCUCCUUCACAAGCUAAGGCAAUGAUGGGUAAACUGUUAGUGAGAACGUUUGUUUUUCUUAAACAUAUGGAUAUAAAACAUGAGUAUUUUGUGUGGCAGUCGAAGCAGAGAUUGUAUACCUUACACAUGGUAAUGUGUGAUGUAAAAGUGUUUGUGCUUGGCACAUGCAUGGGUGAAGCUCUGAUGCUGCCCACAAAUGGACUCUAUUGACCAGAAAUAGGGCAUGAUCAAUACUUUGGGGAAACCGGAUGCAAGCUGCAAACAAAUAAUAAUGUCUGGAUUAAUUUGGCUGUCCCGCUGAGUUACUCCAGCACUUUGUGUGUCUUUUUUUGUGAGCCAGCAACUGCAGUUCCUUGUUUCUAGACUGCUGGAGGAACUCAACGGGUUAGGCAGCAUCUAACUGAUCCAAAUGGCAUUUCCAACCACAGAUGCUGCCUGACCCAUUGAGUUCCUCCAGCAUCUGCAGUAUCUUGUGACUAGAAUGAUAAGUGCAUUAGGUGUGCAUGACCCCUAUUCUAAGGCCAGUUCUAUGGCCACCUCCUUGGUCUCAUUGCGUAGGUAGGAGCUGAUGAUGCUGGCUUAC